CUUUUGCAAACAGGGAUGAGAGAAACUCGGAGUGAACUGAACAAGUUAAUUUACAAGAUGAUUCAGUGACUCGAAUCACCGCAAAUGACACCAGCUCUUCAAAACUUGAUUCUCAUCCCAAACAUGAUACAGCACCCAAAGGCACAGAAGAGCCCCUGAGAUCCACCUGACCAUUAUAAAGAUGGCGUGUAUUAAAGAGGAGAGUGAAGACGUCAAGAUUGAUGAAGCAUUUAGAGUAAAACAUGAAGAUACUGACACACAAACAGACCUGAUGGCGCUGAAAGAGGAGAGUCAAGAACUGAAUGGAAAGGAAGAUAAAGAUGAGAAACACAAUUUCAUGGCUGAAGAAAUAGCUUUUAGUCGCUUUGAGACUGAAAAGACUUUGUCAAGCAAAAAAGCUAAAAAGACAGCAACUAAAGGUAUUUUCACUUGCCAACAGUGUGGAAAGAUUUUUAAUCAAAGUAGAAACCUUAGAGUCCACAUGAGAGUUCACACUGGAGAGAAACCUUACACGUGCCAGCAGUGCGGAAAGAGUUUCACCCAAAAAGUAAGUCUUAAAGUCCAUAUGAGAGUUCACACUGGAGAGAACCCUUAUUCCUGCCAGCAGUGUGGAAAAAGUUUCAACAGAAAAGGAAACCUGACAGUCCACAUGAGAAUUCACACAAGAGAAAGCCCAUUCUUUUGCCAACAGUGUGGAAAAAGCUUCACUCAGAAAGGAAGCCUUAAAGUCCAUAUGAGAAUUCACACUGGAGAAAACCCUUUCACCUGCCAGGAGUGCGGAAAAGGUUUCAUUCGAAACGCAAGUCUUAAAAGCCACAUGAGAGUUCACACUGGAGAGAGGCCUUUCACUUGCCCUCAGUGUGAAACUAGUUUUAAGCAUAAAGGAACCCUUAAUGCCCACAUGAGAAUUCACACCGGAGAAAAGCCGUUCGUGUGCGGUCAGUGUGGAAAGAGUUUCAGAUUUACAGUAACUCUUAAUCACCACAUGAGGAUUCACUCAAGAGAGCACCAUUUUAUAUGUCAUCAGUGUGGAAAGGAUUUCGCCGACAGGAAGCAUCUCAAGAAUCAUGUACAGAUUCAUUUGGGAGAGAAGCGCCUCAUGUGCCAUUACUGUGGAAAGACUUGCAAAAACAAAACAAACCUUGAGGUUCACAUAAGAGUUCACACUGGAGAGAAGCCUUUCGCCUGCCCUCAGUGUGGAAAGCGUUUUGCGCUCAAAGGAAACCGCGAGGUUCACAUGAGGCUUCACACCGGAGAGAAACCUUACACCUGUCUUAAAUGUAAGAAGAGUUUCACAUAUCAUCGAGAACUGAAAUGUCAUUUGCAAACUCAUGCAAAAAAGAAAACACAGCAUUCAGAGUGUGACAAGAAAUUUACUAAAAGGAGCCAUUUCAAGAAUCAUCUGCACGUUCACACUGGAGAAAGACGAUUUAAAUGUGAUCUGUGUAAUAAAAAAUUUACUUUGUUGUCAUACUUGCAGAUACACAUGAAAAGUCAUGUGGAUGUAAGACCCUAUUCUUGUUCUUUCUGUAGAAAGAGUUUUAAAUGGCUCAGCAGUUUAAAGUGGCACAAGAAAUCAUGCACAUCUGUGAAAUCAAAGCUGCUUUCAAAUCGCUAGUGAAUCUGGGCCAAACAGAUGUUUUUCUUUGGUGAGGCUGAUAUGCAUAAGAUGCGCAUUAGAGGUUUCCACCCUCAGGAAUCUAAUAUUUAUUUAGAUAAUUGUGUUUUGGUCAUCUGCUAAGUUCCACUGGACCCAGCACUGGUGGAGAAGUUCACAACAGUCCUGGUGGAAGAAUCAUCGGAGUGAUGGGUAAACUGAUGGACAUUUUUUCAUUUAGCACUAGUGAUGCCAUUACUAGUUGAGUUAUGGAUGAGGCAGCAGUUGCUGUGAGAAAAGUCAACAAUCUGUGUCUCAAAUAAUGAUCUGCAUUGUUAAUUUCUUCACUGUGUAAGUACAUUUGUAAAACUACAGAGUACAGAUCCCUAGUUAGACUUGGUGACAGCAGUGACCAACAGCACAUUCUUCUUAAUAAAGAGCAGUGCUGAAGAUACACAGAGUCUCCUGGCCUUUGCCUCUGAGUUUCCAACAAUAACAACCAUGUCAUAUGUAAUGUGAAUAAAAAUGAAUCGUGUUGUUUGCUAUAUUAAAAUAAUAAUGAUAAA